AUGGCCACCACCACGGCGACGGUGACACAAUUGGCGGAGUCUGCGUCGACCAUACCAAGUUCAACAUUGUCCACUACAAACAGAAGUACCGCCGCUGCUGGCAGAGUGAGUGGUACUGGUUCUGGUUCUGGUACUACAGCACAACCCUCUAGUACUACAACUACAACACAAACCUCCCCCGGAGCAUCCAGGCCUCCACCAUCCACGUACUGGACAAUAGACGGGUUACUACGUAGCCAUGCAUCCGACAGCGAGGACGGGGAUAGACCCAUGUUUGCUUACCCUGCGUCAGGCGCAUCGGAUUACGAGGUCCACACAGUUAAGGCGGUUGAUCGAUACGUCGACGCUGCGUGCUGGUGGUAUCAGAAACAAGGUCUCGAAGCAGCAGACCCGUCACUCGACAAAGCACCAGUCGUCGCUCUCCUCACUCCUUCAUGUCUGGAUGCCAUCAUAUCAUUCUUUGCACUGAACAGACUGGGUUGGGCGGUCCUGUUUCUUUCCACACGACUCACUGCCCCUGCGUACGUAAGUCUCAUGGAUCUGGCCGAAUGCACGACGAUAGUGGCUCCGCCCAUGUACGACGCCGUCAUUCAACAGAUGCGUUCCGAGAUGCAGCAGCAGCACCACCAACUUACGGCUCUACCGAGAAUCACCGACUCGAAAGACAACUACAGAUCCGCUGCUUCCAAUGUCGACGGUGUCCCCAGCUUCUUCCGCGCUGGUUGUGACUUGGAGAAAGAAUCCAAGAAGGUCGCCUGGAUAAUCCACUCUUCCGGCUCGACUGGGUUUCCCAAACCCAUCUUCAUAACGAAUUACGGAUGUCUCGCGAACUUCCAAAAGGGGCUCGGGUUCCGCUCGUUCACCGUCUCUCCGCUCUUCCACUCCCACGCGCUCAUGGAGUUCGGGAGGGCCAUCUACGCAAAGCGGCCCAUGUACUUUGGAAACCACCAGUUGCCCGUGACGCGGCAGAACCUGCUUGCGGCGCUGAAGGUUGCGAGACCCGAAAUCAUCUGCGCGGUUCCGUACGUGCUCAAACUCCUCGCGGAGAGGGAGGAAGGGAUCGCCGAACUCGCGAAGGCCAAAGUGGUCAUGUACGGAGGAAGCCCGUGUCCGGACCCGUUGGGCGACGAACUGGUUUCCAAGGGCGUAAAUCUCGCGGGCAACUACGGCGCCACAGAGACGGGAUUCAUCAUGAAUUCGUUCCGGCCCCCCGGUGACACCGAGUGGAGCUACAUGCGUCUGCACAGACCUGUGGCCGACCACGUUCUCAUGGACGAGAUUUCCCCGGGCAUAUUCGAGUGUGUGGCACUCGAAGGUCUCCCGUCCAAGGUCGCGACGAAUACGUCGGACCCCCCUGGGGCGUUCCGAACGAAGGAUCUGUUCAAGAGGCACCCCGAUCCGCGGAAGUCGAACUACUGGAAAUACGUUAGUCGGCUGGACGACCGCCUGACACUGGUCAAUGGCGAAAAAGUCCUCCCGAUCCCGAUCGAGGGCCACAUCAGGAAGAGCGAGUUGGUCACCGAGGUUGCCGUGUUCGGAUACCAGAGAACAGUGCCCGGCGCGAUCGUAUUCCGCAGCGAACGUGCAGCGGCGAUGAGUGACAACGAGUUCGUCGAAAGCAUCUGGCCGCGCGUCGAAGAGGCAAAUAGCAAAGCAGAGACGUUUUCACGUAUCCCUCGAGACCUGGUCAUUCCGAGACCGUUCGCCGAGGCGUAUCCGCGCACGGACAAGGGAACCAUCAUCCGCGCACAGCUGUACGAGCAGUACAAGGACGUUAUCGAACGGGCGUACCGACACUUCGAAGGAGGAGCGUCGCCGACGUCGAGUAAAGAGAACCUACACCUGACGCUCGAUGAACCUGCACUGCAAGAGUUUUUGUUGGCAAAGUUCCGCAGCGACUUGGGUGUGCCCCUUGAAUCACCCGACACGGACAUCUUCUCGGCUGGCGUGGACAGCCUGCAGACGACGCGCAUCUGCAACAUCAUCAAGAAGGAGCUCGAUCUAGGCGAAGAGCGUAAUCGCGACAAGCUGUCGCAGAAUGUGGUGUAUGAGCGUGGAAAUGUCCGGGCCCUCGCUCAACAUCUGUACAAUCUACGACUGGGCGUCGACGAUUCAGAAUCCGAAUCCGACUCGGACCGCGCAGAGAUCCAAAUCAUGCACGAUCUCAUUGAGAAGUACUCGCAUUUCACGCCUCGCGCGGUGGUUCCAGCGGGCGGUGCGGGCAAACCGGAGGUGCUCACGAACAAGACGGUGCUCCUCACUGGCGUCACUGGGGGGUUAGGGUCGAUCCUCCUUGCGAACCUGCUCAAGCGCGACGACGUGGAGAGGGUGUAUUGUCUCGUGCGAGCGUCGGAUACCGUUUCGGCGAGGUCGCGUGUGAUGAAAGCUCUACAAGACCGAGAAUUGACGCACGAUCUGCCUACACCGUUCGAGGGAAAGAUACAUGCGUACCCCGGUGAUCUGAGCAUCCCGUCACUGGGACUCGACGCUGCAGUUCUGGCCGAAAUGCUGAGUGGUCUGACACACAUCAUCCACAGCGCGUGGGCAGUCAACUUCAAUUUGCCCUUGUUGUCAUUCGAGCCGCAGCAUAUCCGCGGCGUUUACAAUCUACUCGAGCACGUCGCGUUGCGAACUUCACAUUCCAGGCCUGCCGAGUUUUACUUCUGCUCCAGCGUCUCGGCGGCGAGUGGCACGCCCAAACCAGCCGUUGUCCGCGAGGUGCAGGUCGCGGAUCUCUCGCACGCACAGCGCAUGGGGUAUGGGCGGAGCAAGCUUGUUGCGGAGAGGAUCACGGACGCCGCGGCGAAGAGUGCAGGUUGUGUCGCCAGAGUCUUGAGGAUAGGUCAGUUGGCAGGGGACACGAUGCGAGCCGUGUGGAAUGACACAGAGGCCAUCGCGUUGAUGAUCCGGUCCGCGUUACCUUCGAGUGCGGGAUGUUUGCCUAGGUUAAAGGAACGACCGAGUUGGUUGCCAGUGGACAAGGCUGCCGAGGUGAUCGAACAGUUGGCGUUGAGGUCGUCUUCGGCUUCAUUUUCUUCUAAUCACACUGUUCAUGGUGUUGGUGUUGGUGGCCGUGAUGGUGGUAGUGACUCGGUCUCUGAUGAUGAAGCAGAUGUCGAUGUUGUCUACCACAUCGUCAACCCAUGCACAUUCAGCUUCGAGGAGGAUUUACUGCCCAUGCUACAGGCUAGCGGGGCGAUGCCAGAGUUUGAAAUUGUCGAUCCUCAAACAUGGCUCGACAGGCUCAGGGAGAGUGAUGGCGACGUGGAACGGAACCCGAGUCGGAAACUUAUUGGGUAUUGGGAAGGGAAGUAUGGAGGGGAUGCGAGGAGUUCGAAGUCAAUGAAGACGACGAUGACAACAAUGACCACAGAUGAAACUAUGUCGAGGACAGAGACAAGCAAUGCCGACUCAAGGGCAGACGAGAACUCCGGGUUGACAUUUGACACAACCAGGACAGUGCAGCGGAGUAGCGUGCUACAGGGGGUAAAGGAUCCGGUCAGUGAUGGGUUGAUGAAGAGGAUCGUCGAGGUUUGGAUGAAGAAGUGGAAGGACUCACGAGCCGGUGGAGAUCGAGCAGAAGUGAGAGCAUGA